GCCAGUUCUUGGAUUCACUAUGCCUUAGCUGCAGGAGCAGGGGGUACAUAGCCCUGAGUCUGCUGCCACAAGGAAGAGGAAGGUGAGCCAUUGGCUCGAGGGAAUAUUGAGCCCAGAGCCUCAAUGAAGCCACCUCCUGUGAGCUUGUGUUAUUCUCAGAUUGAAGGAACGUGUGGGUUUAGGAGGCAGUAAAUUGCAGUCAGGUGCCAGCCCCAGGAGUGGGCGGUCUGGUCGAGUUGGGCCUCUCUGGGGCUUCGGUGGCUUUCCCCAGGGGACGCUGUGACACGCCCUCUGAGGCUCUCGCUCUCUCCUGGGUGAGCUCGAGGGGUGCAGCCACCCCACAGGGACCAUGCCAGAGGUGCUGCUUCUCAGGUCUGCCAGCUCCAUCCUAAGGACUGUGUUCUUAAGCAGACUGCUGCCAGGUGGGCCUGGGUGUGUUCGAAAACUUAGUUUGAACCUGAAGUACCAGCAAGGAAUAAGGCCGAGUGUACGAAGCAGCUCCCUAAUUGAUGGGCGGACACUCUCCAAAGAGUCCCCAAGUCAUGGCCUGGCGCUCUCAGCUCCAGAGAAGGCCUCCCCGUCAGAUGCCACAGAGGAUGCGCUGUGGACGACGCGGGCAGAUGGCAGAGUGCGCCUGCGCCUGGAACCCCUCUGUACGCAGCUGCCCUAUACCGUGCACCGGAUGUUCUAUGAGGCCUUGGAUAAGUACGGGGACCUCAGCGCUCUGGGCUUCAAGUGCAAAAACAAGUGGGAGCGCAUCUCGUACUACCAGUACUACCUGAUUGCCCGCAAAGUCGCCAAAGGCUUCCUGAAGCUCGGCCUGGAGCGAGCCCACAGCGUGGCGAUCCUCGGCUUCAACUCCCCAGAGUGGUUCUUCUCUGCUGUGGGCACCGUGUUUGCCGGGGGCAUUGUCACUGGCAUCUACACCACCAGCUCCCCAGAAGCCUGCCAGUACAUCGCCCAUGACUGCCGUGCCAAUGUCAUUGUGGUUGACACACAGAAGCAGCUGGAAAAGAUACUGAAGAUCUGGAAAGACUUGCCACAUCUAAAGGCAGUGGUGAUAUACCAAGAACCACCACCAAGGAAGAUGGCCAAUGUGUACACGAUGGAAGAACUCAUAGAACUGGGACAAAAAGUGCCCGAAGAGGCUCUAGAUGCCAUCAUUGAUACCCAGCAGCCCAACCAGUGCUGCGUGCUGGUCUACACAUCAGGCACCACUGGAAACCCCAAGGGCGUGAUGCUGAGUCAAGACAAUAUCACGUGGACAGCGCGGUACGGCAGUCAGGCGGGGGACAUCCAGCCAGCAGAAGUCCAGCAGGAGGUGGUGGUCAGCUACUUGCCCCUCAGCCACAUUGCUGCCCAGAUCUACGACCUGUGGACCGGCAUCCAGUGGGGGGCCCAGGUCUGCUUUGCAGAUCCUGAUGCCCUAAAGGGCAGCCUGGUGAACACACUGCGGGAAGUGGAGCCCACGUCCCACAUGGGGGUGCCCCGUGUAUGGGAGAAGAUCAUGGAACGGAUCCAGGAGGUGGCGGCUCAGUCCGGCUUCAUCCGGCGCAAGAUGCUGCUGUGGGCUAUGUCAGUGAUGUUGGAGCAGAACCUCACCUGCCCUAGCGAUGACCUGAAGCCCUUCACAAGCAGACUGGCCGAUUACCUAGUAUUAGCCAGGGUCCGUCAGGCUCUGGGCUUUGCCAAGUGUCAGAAGAACUUCUACGGAGCGGCCCCCAUGACCGCAGAGACGCAGCGCUUUUUUCUGGGUCUUAACAUCCGCCUGUACGCAGGCUAUGGCCUCAGCGAGAGCACUGGCCCCCACUUCAUGUCCAGUCCCUACAACUACCGGCUUUACAGCUCCGGCAGGGUGGUACCCGGCUGCCGGGUGAAGCUGGUGAAUCAGGACGCGGACGGCAUUGGUGAGAUCUGCCUGUGGGGCCGCACCAUCUUCAUGGGCUAUCUAAACAUGGAGGACAAAACAUGUGAGGCCAUUGAUUCUGAAGGCUGGCUGCACACGGGCGACAUGGGCCGUCUGGAUGCUGAUGGCUUCCUCUACAUCACGGGGCGCCUCAAAGAAUUAAUCAUCACCGCAGGUGGGGAGAAUGUGCCCCCAGUGCCCAUCGAGGAAGCUGUGAAGACGGAGCUGCCUAUCAUCAGUAGUGCCAUGCUGAUCGGGGACCAGAGGAAGUUCCUGUCCAUGCUGCUAACCCUGAAGUGCACGCUGGACCCAGAAACAUCUGAGCCAACAGACAACCUGACUGAGCAGGCCGUGGAGUUCUGCCAGAGGGUGGGCAGCAGGGCCAGCACUGUGUCCGAGAUCGUGGGGCAGAGAGAUGAGGCCGUGUAUCAGGCCAUCCACGAAGGGAUCCAGAGGGUGAAUGCGAACGCGGCAGCCCGGCCCUACCACAUCCAGAAGUGGGCCAUUCUCCAGCGUGACUUCUCCAUUUCGGGGGGAGAACUGGGUCCCACCAUGAAACUGAAACGGCUCACUGUUCUGGAGAAGUACAAAGACAUCAUCGAUUCCUUUUAUCAAGAGCACAAACAGUAGUCAAGGGCCAUGCUCAUGGCACCCACUGGAGGGAGGACAGGCUGUCGGGGCAUCUUCCUGAGCUCCAGGUGUCUCCCCUGGACACAGGAACUCUGACAAGCUGCUUUCAUCCCUAGGUUCAGGACACAGCAAUGGCAUCUCCAAUACCUUAACCACUGCUCCUGUUCCAGUGUCAGACAAGAUCAUUCUCCUUCCGAAAGGAAGACUGUUCAUUUUGGCCUCGGUCCAGGCAGACUUACGAGGUUCUAGUUCUCGGAACAGGCCUCCCAGGGCUGGCUGUCGGAGGAGGGAAAAGGAUGACAGUCCCAUUACUAAUGUGUGCUGCAGAGAGAGCACGGCCUGACGUAACUCCGGCACCUUCUUGGACACUAGUACCAGACGCUCUUCCACCUCACACACAACAUACUUGAUGCUUAACACACUGCUGCCGCUUCCGUGACUGUAUUUAAUGUGUCAUUUUGAGUAUUAAACCUUUUAACAGACCAUA